ACAAAGUGGGAAAAUUGAAAAAAAUCUGCUCAAAAUGUACACGUUGCACGAGUUUACUGCAUGGGAUAAAACGCAACGUCAUCCUAUAGUAAUUUACGCGGAUUUCGAAGCAAUUCUAAAGAAAAGUGAUGAGAAAAUUGGAGAAAAAACAACAGCUUUUCAAGAACACGAGCCCAUGAGCUAUGGGUUUAUGGUUAAAGCAAAUGAAGAAAUACCAGUGGAACUGCUUGAAAAAUUCGGAAUUCCGACAUCGCCUGUAAUUUACCGUGGAAAUGAAAAUAAUAAAGACGUGGCGAGACAUUUUAUAGAUAGUAUUGUGAAUAUAGGUCAAAAAAUUGAAAAACUACUCAAAACAAACACCCCUAUAAUUUUCACUAUUGAACAGCGGAGAACACAUGAAACAUGUAAUACUUGUAAUUUAUGCAAAACCAAAUUUUCUCAUGAAAAUCAUAAAGUGGCUGAUCAUUGUCAUUUAUCAGGGAAAUUUAGACAGUCAUUAUGCAAUACGUGUAAUCUUAAACUUCAAACACCUAACUUCGUACCAGUAUUUUUUCAUAAUUUAUCAAAUUAUGAUGCACAUUUUAUUGUCACUCGUCUCGGGUAUGAUACAAACUCUAUCUCGGUAAUACCAAACAGCGAAGAAAAAUUUAUUACGUUUUCAAAAUACAUUAGCAACUUCUUCACAUUAAGAUUUAUCGACACACUAAGAUUUAUGGCCUCCAGUUUAUCAACACUUUCAAAAAAUUUAAUUACACCAGGAUUUGAAAAGUUUAGAGACAGUGCAAAACAUUUUUCUACACAAGAUUUACCACUAGUUACUCGUAAGGGGGUAUACCCGUAUGACUACACAGAUGAAUGGGAUAAGCUUGAAGAAACCAGUUUACCGGCGAAAAAAUAUUUUUACAGUACAUUGGACGAAUCACAUAUAAAACAUGAGGAUUUUGAGCAUGCAAAUACAGUUUGGAAUCAUUUCAACUGUCAAACACUCGGGGAAUACUCUGAUCUUUAUUUAAAAAUCGACGUGCUGCUGCUGACUGAUGUGUUUGAAAAUUUCCGAGAUCUCUGUAUAAGAACUUACCAUCUGGACCCAUCAUUUUACUACACAGCACCGGGAUUUAGUUUUGACUGUAUGCUGAAAUACACGGGUCAACAACUUGAACUGAUUUCGGAUUAUGAUAUUUUGUUAAUGUUCGAGAAAGGAAUUCGUGGCGGCUUGACCCAGGCGAGCAUGAGAUAUGCAAAGGCGAAUAAUGAAAAGACACCAGAUUAUGAUCCAACACAACCAAAAUCAUGGCUUGUUUAUCAGGAUUGUAACAACUUGUACGGUUACGCAAUGUCACAAUUCAUGCCAUACGGAGGAUUUAAGUGGGUUGAGCCGAAACUAGAGGGUCUAAAUGAUUUAAACGAUAGAUCACCAAUCGGGCGGAUGUAUGAGGUCGAUAUAUCAUAUCCAAAAGAACUUCACGACAAGCAUAAUGAUCUGCCAUUCCUACCGAAAAAUAGUAUUCCACCUGGUUCAAAAGUUAAAAAACUUAUGGCGACUUUAGAAUCGAAGAAAAACUAUGUGAUUCAUUAUCGGAACCUGCAGCAGGCUAUAGCCAACGGACUCGUUGUGGAAAAAGUUCACAGAGUUGUGCAGUUUAAUCAGUCGGACUGGCUUAAAAAAUACAUAGAAUUAAACACUGAGAUGCGGAAAAAAGCGAGGAACGACUUUGAAAAGGAUUUCUUCAAACUCUUAAACAAUGCCGUUUUUGGAAAAACCAUGGAAUCUUUAAGGAAACGUUUUAAAAUGGAGCUUGUUUGUAGUGAAAAACGUUUGCAAAAACUUAUAAAUCUUACUACAUUCAAACACUGUACUACGUAUGACGAAACCCUCAACGCUGUCUCAUUAGAAAACAAAAUUAUCAUGUUUAACAAGCCAAUAUAUAUAGGUUUUGCAGUGUUGGAAAUUUCCAAGACCGUCAUGUAUGAUUAUCAUUAUAACGUUAUGCAGGCUCAUUAUAGGGAUAAAAUUGAGCUCAUGUAUACUGAUACAGAUUCACUGGUAUACUAUAUUCAAACCGAUGAUUUUUACAAAGACCUGGAGAAUAAUUCCAAUUUACUCGAUCGAAUGGAUACAUCAGACUUACCACAAGAUCAUCCAUGUUACAUUGCUGAGCGAAAGAAAAUCCCUGGUUUGUUUUCCGAUGAAACAAAUUCAGAGGUUAUGACGCAUUUUUGUGGGCUCAGAGCAAAGUCUUAUUCAUAUAAGAUCAAUGGCAAGGAGAAGAUCAGGGCGAAAGGAAUCCGCGGGCAUGUAGUCAGAAACCAUAUGAAUUUCAACGAUCAUUAUCGCUGUCUGUUUGGUGAUACAACUUUGGAUGUGAUGACGGAGAAUGUCUCUAUCCGGUCGUUCAAUCAUCGAUUGAAGACUAUUAAAUCAACCAAAUUAACUUAUAAUAGUUUCGAUGACAAGAGGGUUAUACUUGAGGAUCAAAUACAUACCUUGGCUCACGGUCACUACUCUAUAGAGGACACCAGAACACUAGAGCAAGCAGAAGCCGAAUUAAUACAACUUCCGGAAGCCGAGAUAGACAGAUAGUUUUUUUUUUUUUAUUUAUUAUAGAUGAUUUGUUUUUAU